CAAAAGGAUGCAGGUCUGGCCCACCUAACCGAGCAUAGAACAAACGGGCCACACCGGGUUAAAAGGGUCCACUGAUUCUUCUGGGUCCAUUGGGCUUAUUUCCUCAACCCGGGCGAGAGUGGGUGGUCCGUGGGCCGUGUUUCUGGGCUUGUAGGCCUGCUAGGUCACAUGAGGCCAGAGUCCAUCCAUCAUCCAUCGGACUUCGGGACAGAGAGAUGUAGGCCGUUGGGUUUGGGCCCAACACGAUAGGUCUCCAUAAUGCCAUAAUGCGCUGAUGUCCACAGCAACUACGACGUCUCUGGUCCAGAGGCUGCGACGACGCCACGUCGCCACGCUACGAUUCGAAAAUGCCACCACGCCAACGGACAACUGCUUGGGCCAUGGCUAUACAAGCCUACAACGUACGCUUUUUCUUCAUCUCUGACAGGCACCUCGCAACCGCCCCCGCGCCAUUGACGGCUUGACGCACGACGCACCAAACAAGCUUGCAGAUCGCAGCUUAUAAAUUAAGAAACGGCUGCUGCAAGCAAGACGUACAUCUCCACCCAAGCAUCAUCGGCGGAGCUCCGCGCAAGCAUCGCCGGCCGAUCGACCCGGCCGCUGCCACCCACCCAUCACGCCAUGAUGUCAGCGAGCGACCCCUGCUCGGACCACAGCUACGAGCUCCCGCUGCGACGGAACCUCCUGCUCCUGCGCGACCUCCUCGACGUCCUCCGCUUCGUCGCCGGGGUGCUCCUCGACCGCAUCGGCGUCGUGUCGUGCCAGCGCGGCGGGGUGCAGCUUCCCCGGCAGACCUGGGGCGGAGAGCACGCCGACGACGACGCGGCCGCGGAGCGCUUCCUCGAGGCGACGCUGCGGCGGGUGCGCAUCAGCUCGCCGCCAGUGACGACCGGCGGGGCGGCGAGGUACAGGCGGCGGCGGGCGGGCGGCAACAGGCGGGGCGCGGAGGACGGCGGCGAGGGCGCGGCCGUCUGCGCGAUCUGCUUGGCGGGGCUGGAGGAAGCGGGAGCUGGGUGCCAGGAGGUCGCGGAGCUGGGCGCCUGCUCGCACGCGUUCCACGCCGCGUGCAUAGACGCCUGGGCCGGCACCGGCGCGGCGGCCACCUGCCCGCUGUGCCGCGCGCCCAUGUCGCCCACGCCGUGGGAGGACGACGGCCAGAGCGCGCUUGCUCAACACACCCAGUGACCGAGGAGGCCUCCGUCUCUGCUCCCUGUCGCAGUAAUGACCGCCUCAACACGUCGAUAGAUAAAUGUACCUCUCAUCCGUACCCGAAAAUAGGCGAGAAUGUAUGCCGUGCUUACCAAUAGCAAUAGAUCGUCAUUAGUUUACCAGCGUAUCCUGUGGCCCUGCCCCUGGAAGCCAUCUGAAGGGCCCAAGAGAAGUAGAGACGACGGCUCUAUGUAUUGUACCACUUUAGAUGGUACAAUACGGUGCUCUAUGUAUUGUACCACUUUAGACUCAAAACUGAAGUAGUUUAAACUCUUGAAUAAAUGGAAGCGAAUUUUUCUUACAAA